UUUGCAGCUGCCGUUCGCGUCCCCACCCUGCUUGCUCUGCCCUUUCUGCACCGUCAUCUGCCCCGGUGAGGCUCAACUCCGUUGUGGGGCUGUCCGAAACGCUCCGGACCACAAGCCGGACUCCACCCAGCAGGGAGAGAAAGGAAACAGAUUGGGCAGAGUACCGAGCCUCACCCCCAGCAGCGGAGCUCGAAGGUCUUCCGCUGAAGAAACAUCCAGACUCUGAUGUCCAGCCCAAACAUGGGCAACGUACAGGAGCGGCCAUCGGAGACCAUUGACCGGGAACGGAAACGGCUGGUAGAUACAUUACAGGCUGACUCUGGGCUGCUGCUGGAUGCGCUGGUGGCCCGGGGUGUGCUCACUGGGCCUGAGUAUGAAGCCUUGGAUGCACUGCCUGAUGCAGAGCGCAGGGUGCGCCGUCUGCUGUUGUUGGUGCAAAGCAAGGGCGAGGCAGCCUGCCAGGAGCUACUGCGCUGUGCCCAGCAUACCGUGCGUGUGCCAGACCCUUCCUGGGAUUGGCACCACGUGGGGCCUGGCUACCGGGACCGCAGCUAUGACCCUCCAUGUCCAGGCCACUGGACGCCUGAGGUACCUAGUUCAGGGACCACAUGUCCUGGUCUGCCCAGAGCUUCAGAGCAAGAGGAGGUCGGAGGUCCUGAGGGCUCUGAGGCAGUGCAAUCUGGGACCCCAGAGGAGCCAGAACUAGAAGCUGAAGCCUCUGAAGGGGAUAAACCAGAACUGGAACAACAAAUGGAACCGGAACCAGAACCAGAGGCAGAACCAGAGCCUGAACUAGAACCGGAGCUGGAGCCAGAGCCGGAACUAGAGCCGGAGCCAGAGCCAGAGCCGGAACUAGAGCCGGAGCCAGAGCCAGAGCCAGACUUCCAAGAAGAGGAGGAUGAGUCCGAAGGUUGUGAGACUGCAUAAACCCUUGCUUCCAAGCUUGUUAGAGCGUGUAAUGAGGGCUGAUACCUGAUCUACUGACCAUCAUCUUGUCUUUAGAUUCCUGAAAGCCAGCAUCCUGACCUGCACAAGCCCUACCCAAGCCGGUAAGACCCAGGAACCUGCCAGAGCUUGACUCAAUGCACUGAGACUCCCUGUCCUGUAAAAUGAAUAAACUUGUUAGCCUGGACCUGA